ACAAAAGAAUAGGCGUACCUACACGCAAGCAUAUUCCUCUGAGUAAUCUGAUUCUUUCCGCUAAACCAAAAUAAUAAUUUACACAUAAAAAAGAGUUUCCUCAAAAGAAAACAUUUAAAGUCGUUAAAAAAUUCAAGCUUUUUGAGCGAGAGGGAAAUGAAUCGUAGCCUCCUCACAUAAAAUUACAUCCAUAUCUAUAUAUACAGUCUCUGUUGUGUUGAAAUUUCAACUCUUCUUUUUUAAAGUUUCGAAUUUAAAAAAAGAAUAAAAGAAAAAAAAAUCUCAACAAUGCCGGAGGAGACGAAUUCCAUAGACUACAUUAUGGAGAAGGCAUCGGGGCCUCACUUCUCCGGCCUCCGUAGUCCGACCGCCGCCUCUGUCUCUUCCUCCGCUUUCGCCGACGCCAACGCUCCUCGUCAGCCCUUCGUCAUCGGUGUUUCUGGAGGUACAGCUUCAGGUAAAACGACAGUCUGUGACAUGAUCAUCCAACAGCUCCACGAUCACCGCGUUGUUCUUGUCAAUCAGGAUUCGUUUUAUCGUGGUUUAAAUACUGAAGAGUUAAAACGCGUGCACGAGUAUAAUUUUGAUCACCCUGAUGCUUUUGAUACUGAGCAGCUUCUGGAAUGUGUUGAGAAGCUUAAAAGUGGGCAAUCUGUUCAGGUCCCGAUCUAUGAUUUUAAGCAACAUCGUCGUUCUUCGGAUAGUUUCCGACAGGUUAAUGCUUCUGAUGUCAUAAUUUUGGAAGGAAUUCUUGUUUUCCAUGACCAGCGUGUCAGGAACCUUAUGAAUAUGAAGAUUUUUGUUGAUACAGAUGCUGAUGUGAGGCUUGCUCGUAGAAUAAGACGAGAUACAGUUGAGAGGGGUAGGGAUGUAAACUCUGUUCUUGAACAAUACGCGAAGUUUGUCAAGCCUGCAUUUGAUGAUUUUGUUCUGCCAUCAAAGAAAUAUGCUGAUGUCAUCAUCCCCCGAGGAGGUGAUAAUCAUGUUGCGAUUGAUUUGAUUGUGCAACAUAUCCGCACUAAGCUUGGUGAGCAUGACCUCUGCAAAAUAUAUCCCAAUGUGUAUGUAAUCCAGUCAACAUUUCAGAUUAGAGGAAUGCAUACUUUGAUUAGAGACAGGGAUAUUUCUAAGCAUGAUUUUGUCUUCUAUUCAGAUCGGCUUAUUCGUCUGGUGGUGGAGCAUGGUCUUGGACAUUUGCCUUUCACCGAGAAGCAAGUAAUAACGCCAACAGCAUCGAUAUAUACUGGGGUUGAUUUUUGCAAAAAGUUGUGUGGUGUUUCCAUUAUUAGAAGUGGUGAAAGCAUGGAAAAUGCAUUACGUGCAUGUUGCAAAGGAAUAAAAAUUGGCAAAAUUCUGAUUCACCGUGAUGGAGAUGAUGGGAAACAGCUUAUCUAUGAGAAGCUUCCCAAGGAUAUUUCCGAACGACAUGUCCUCCUUCUGGAUCCGGUUCUUGGUACAGGGAAUUCUGCGAACCAGGCCAUUGAACUACUGAUACAGAAAGGAGUUCCGGAAUCUCACAUUAUAUUCCUGAACCUCAUCUCUGCGCCUGAAGGAAUCCAUUGUGUUUGCAAACGGUUCCCAUCAUUGAAAAUCGUCACUUCAGAGAUUGAUGUUGCACUAAAUGAGGAAUUCCGUGUUAUACCAGGGAUGGGUGAGUUUGGGGAUCGUUACUUUGGCACUGAUGACUGAUCCGCCAUUGUUGAAGUUCCAACCAACCAGGUAUCAUAUGGAACCGGGUGCUUGAAUAUGUAACAUUCCAAAAUACAUGUAGAAGGUAUUGGGUAGGAUGAUGGAGAGAAAAGUCCGUAGAUGACUCCCAUAUCAUUUUACUUUGUUAUCUUGUUGCCUUUAAAUGCUCUGAUUCGCGAACUUGCAGUGAAGUCGUAAAACAUUAUGACUACCAAUUCUAUGCAGUUGAUUUUAGACAAUUCCUGCUA